UCUUGCUGUGCUCUGUCUGUGUUAACAUCAAGUGGAGAAUGCAGGCCUGUGAAUUUUAUCUGAUUAUUUGCCUCACUACUGGGUUGUCCUCAGCACAGUUUAAAGUACAAAUAAAGUUGUCACUGACACCGAAGGAGCCAAUAUACACUGGAGACACAGUGACUAUGGAGUGCAGAACACAAGGCAACAUUCCUGUCCAGCAAUGUUCCUGGUUCAAAAGGAGUGAGCCAAACAUGGACAAAGAGAUUGAAGGCAUCACCCAAGCCACUUACUUAAUACAGUCUGCAUCUCAGUCUGACAGCGGCGUGUAUUACUGUAAUAUUAAAAAUCCAUUUCAGUUCUUAGUUUCAAGCAAUCCUGUUACAUUGACAAUUCAAGAGAGGACAUCCAGACUGAGAAGAAUCUCCGGACAUAUGCUGGAAAGUGUAUUUGUUGGAGACCAAGUCCAUCUUCACUGUCAAGUAGAUGGUAACCCUAUAGGGUGGCAAUAUGAGCUACACAAGACUGGAGACAGACACCCUCAAAUAACACAAGUGGAUCAGAACUUCAUCAUUAGCCCGGUGACUUUCUCACAUAGUGGGGAGUACAGGUGCCGUGCCGGAAAAGGAGAUCUUUACUCGAAUUUCAGUGAUCCUAUUCAGUUACUCGUGUUAGAUCUCUCUGUGAUUUUGAUUUCAUCAUCUGGAAGCUCUGUGAAGGUGGGGUCUUCUUUUAGCCUUCAUUGCACAACAAUGGGCGCUGAAAGCUCCAACUCAGACUUCAUCUUCACCUUUCUAAAAGACAACAUCACUGUGAGGAAAAGCAGCAACUCUUCAGUGCUCCCCAUAGAGUACUUUGAAGAAACCCUCAGUGGGAACUACAUGUGCGCUGUGGAGUCACCAGGAGGGGGAAGAACUUACAGCAACAUGAUCAGCAUUCAGGUGGAAGAUUACUCAACUGAAAAUGGGAUUCGACUUGUAAUAUCAGCCUUGGUGUUGAUUUUGCUGAUGGUCCUUGUGAGCAGGUGUUUCUGGGUCAGAGUGCACCGAGCCGUCAGAUCCAGCAAGAGUGCACACAAUCUAAGACAAAGAGGAUGAGAAAGUUGUUUGGAUUCUGAAAUCAGACAAGUGAUGUGCCUGAUUUCUUCAGAGAGAAGACAUUGGGUUUAUUGUCCUGCAAAAAUAUAAGAUCUUGCUGAUGAGAUCUUCAACAUGUAAAGUGACUCUCGUAUAAAAGGCUUACAUUUACAGAUUUAGUACAGAAAAUUUGGGAUAUAAUUCUGCUGACAUCCUGAGCAGUUAAACUACAGAAACCGCUACCAGCAGACUGGAACGUCUGUCAUUAACAGUACAUUACACUUCUUUGGUUGUACAUUUACUUAUUUGGCUGAUGCUUUUAUCCAAGGCGAUUUACAUUUAUGAUACAAUUGGUGAAAUUCCUAUUUGUUUUUUCAAAUUGGAGCUCAGGCAGGACUAGUGGCUUGCUCAUGGUCACUCACUGUCAGUAGUGGUUUUUAAACCUAAAACCUUAGGAUAUGAAGUCCAAAGCCUUAACCACUACACCACACUGCCUGCUAAUCUGACAUCUACAGUACUUCUCACAUGCGUUAUUAUGUAAAUUAUCCAGAAUAAUAUUCAAGGAAAACAUUUCUUAAAAAAAACACUUGGGAAAUAAUGGAGCAAUUGCUUAGCAGUGUGACUGAGUAAAUCAUUGGAAAUCUUGUCUUAACAUUACCUUCCUCUUCAUCUUUUCCCACUUCUUUGUGGGGUUGAUAUGCUUGCUCAUCCUUCUCCAAACAGCUCGGUCCUGCACCUCCUCGGCAGUCAAACACGUUUCCUUCAGAUCUUCUUUUACGUUAACCAUCCACCUCUGCUCUGGUCUUCCUUGCUUUCUCUUACCCUGGACUUUCAUUCCCAUCACUCUUUAGUCCACAUAUUCAUUGUCUCUCCUCAUCACACAUCCAUAUGACUUCAUCCUACUUUCCUGUAUUUUCUUAGAUAUCUCCUCCAGUUUUGUUGUACCUCUGAUUGUCUCAUUUCUUAUUCUGUCCUUUUCUGUAACUCAAACACAUCCAUCUCUACAUUCUCAUUUCUGCCACAUCUAACUUCUUCUCCUGCACUCCCUUUACUGCUUAGCUCCAUUCAUCAUUGAAGGUCCUACUACUGUUCUAAAAACCUCACCUUUAACCUUCGUAAUACUCCUGCACCUUCUUCCAAUUGUUUGAUCCAAAAUGCACUCUACGGGUUAUCUCGGCAUCUAAUUCUCCAUCUUGGGCUAUCACUGAUCUUAGAUAUUUAAAUUGUCCACUUUUUUCAAUAGCUCUCCUUGUGUGAUAACGUUCUGAAUCAUGAUCAUCAUUAAACCUCAUAUAUUCUGUCUUCUUUCUGAUUAUCUUCAGUCCUUUAUCUUCCAAAGCCCUUCUCCAUUCUUUUAAGCCCCUCCGGACUUUCUCCUUUCUGGCAAAAAGCCUGCACCGGGGGAUCGUUCAUUUAUUCCACAACUUAUCACAUCCAUAACCACAUCAAAUAGGUGAAAACUUAAAGAAGUUUCCUGGUACAGACCUUCUCUAACUGGAAUCUUGUCUGUUAUCACCUUUUAACCCUGCUUCUCUCUGCCUCAUACAUCUCCUGGACAAUUUUCACAUACUUUUCUGGUUCUCCUUUCUUCUUCGUGCACCUCCAGACCUCGUGACAUGUCACUCUGUCAUAAGCCUUCUCCAAACCAAUAAAUGCCAUUUGCAAGCUUUUCUGUUUUUCUCGAUCCUUCUCUAAGAGUUGUCUCAAUGCAAAGACUGCAUCAGUUGCUCCUCUCCCUGGCACAAAACCAAACAGCUCCUCCCCUAUGGUGGUCUCUUGCCUAAGCCUUCUCUCUGUUACCCUUUUCUAUAUUUUCAUUGUGUGUGCCGCAAAAUUACCUUAUUUACAAAAAAUAAAUGGCAAUAGAAAAGCCCAAUCUUCUUCUUCUUCUAAUGUGCCUUGUUCGAUUCGAAGGCUGGUAACCACGGCUUCCCACUUCCCCUUAUCUUCUGCCUUUCUUUUGACUUUCUCCUAUUCUUUCUAUGCUGACCAUUGUUCACAUUCUUCUUUGUCUUUGUCUUACUUUGCCAUUGGUUUCAGCUAUUCUUCUUUCUGUCACUGUAUUAUCGUGAUAUUUCCCACUACUUACCCUUUACCUAGAGGUAAGUGUACUCAUCAGGUUUGUUACUGGGUUGGUCUACUGUUGGACCUUAAG